UCGGCUUGGUAGCAGCAACAAGAUUCACCUACCGAUUAAGGAUGUUACAGAGGGCAAUUACAAGGCUACGGAUGUUGAGGUUAUUGGGAGCAUUCACACUGUUGAUGAAGAUGUCUGGCAUCCAUACGUUUAUAUAUAUAGCAGUCACCGUGAUGAUACUAUAUACAAGAACGAGCGUUAUUGGGAUUCUGUUUUUUGUAUUGAUGUCACUAACCGUGAAGAGACUCAAGUGGAGCCAAUGAGAUUCUCGGUGACUGAAAGAUGCAAACCCAAUCCGGAAAAUUGUCAGUACCAUUCGACUUGUGGGAUGAUGCAAGUUUUCUCACUGAAGUUGGCUAAAACUACUACAAACAGUAGCCCAAUACAGUUAUAUGGAUACAUUGCAGCACGAGAUGUUGUGGAUUCAAUGCUUAAUUUUGUUUUCAAUCGCAGCAGAGAUGAUCCCAUUGUUGUGCAGCAGGGUUCUAUUAUUGAAAUGACUGGCCCUAAGAGAGGCAUUGGUAUGGUUGCUGAUGUUAUAUUUGAGUUUGACAUGAGAAUCAAGAAUGGGGAGAAAGAAGAAGAUGAUCUACAGCUGAUUGAUGAAAUAAUAGAGAUCGACGACAACGUGGUAACGAUGAUAGGGACACCGAGGACAUUUCGACUUAGUGGCGAUUGUGGCCCUGUUGACAUGUCUAUGGCAAUUUUUGAUAAUGCUGUGGAAGCAACAGUAGAAGUUGCCAUAUCGGAACUUCAUUAUGGUUUUGAUUUAUCCAUAAGCUAUGUCCUUUCUGAGCUGGAAGAAAAUAGAGAAUUUCAGCUUUUCCGUGGUGCUAUUGGUGAGUCGUGUGGCUUAAGAAGGUUUGUCAUAGCUGUCAACUUGGACACUUUAAUGCAUUUGAAGUUCAAGGUACAUAAAGAAGGCUCCAAUUUUGUUGCUCCUUUGAAUCUAAGUUGCACGGAUGCGCCAGUCAAGAAAUAAAGCUCGAGGAAGCCUCUAUCCUAGUGAAGGUGACUUGGUCGCCUUUAAUUGCAUAAUUCAUAAACCCUGUAACUGGAUGGAUAAGCAGAGGC